UUUAUCCAGGCCCGGCCCCCCCGGCCAGGGGCGGGAGCUGAGCCCGGGGGAUAAAAACAGCCCCCGAGGGGCCCCCACAGCCCCGAGUCCUGCCCAGCCCGGCGAGAUGAGGGCGCUGGCGGCCGCGGUGCUGGUGCUGCUGCUGGUGCUGGGGCCCAUCCAGGCCGCCCGGUCCCGGCGCGAGCCCCCGGCCGAGGCUGCUGCUGAGGGCCCGGCCGAGGACUUCUUCAGCCGCCACCUCCAGACCUUCUCCGACUUCAUGACCAAGGACCUGCCCCAGAGGCUGCAGGUGGAGGAGAUGCGGAGCCAGGCUGAGGCGUACCUGGAGCGGGCCAACAAGCAGCUGAUGCCGCUGGCCCAGGAGCUGCGGAGCAACGUCCUCGGGCUCUUCUCCUCCCUCCUGGACCUGGGCAAGAGCAAGGAGCAGCCCUGAGCCCCCCCGGCCCCCGGCCCCCAAUAAACCCCUUGAGGCGCU